CCCCUCCGCUCACAGACACACCUCAGCACUCACUCGGCUCCAGGAGUCGCCUUCUGUUUAUAAAGUCGAGGGAGGUUCGGUUAGUCAGGGAGACUGUCGACGAGGAGAGUCCGCAGAGGGUGUUAGAGGACUACUGCGGGUUGAGAUGCCGUCCGCGUUGGUUUAAAUAGAUAGAAACGACCCUCCGCGUUUGUAUAUCGGCAUAAAAUGUAGCGAAGACGGUCCGCUGGAAGUCGGGAUUUAUCGCUAAUUGUAAACGGCGUGCGAAUGUAGUUCGAGACGAAAUUAUUGGAGGGAAAAAACACUAACAAAAAAAGAGCAAAGAAACAAGUUUUCGGAUGAAGAUGAAGCCCUGACCUUACUCUUCGGGAAGGCUGGAAGUUCAUUUUAGGUUCAGGACCUGUUGAGAUGAAACUCGGCGCUCCUUAAGCGACCCGGCGAGAUGGGAAAAUGGGAGAUAACGAUGAACCCAGUGCAGGAGUGGGGCGAGGAGAUGGAAGACGGUGCUGUUUACGGGGUCACCCUGCGUCGAGAGCCCGUCCCGUCCUCCGCAAAUGCUACUGAAGGAAGCCCAUGCUCUGGUUUCGUGCAGUACCGAACCUGCAAGGUACGGCGACUGAAGGCCGCCACCCUGGACCUGCUUGUAAAUCACCUCCUCGACCUUGGCUGCCAGGAACAGGACUACAGCAGGAUCUUCCUCUCCACGUACAGAACCUUCACCAACCCCACGAAGCUCAUAGAGCUGCUCUUUCAGAGAGACAGUGUUUUGUCAGAUCUGGAUAAUGGCAAAUGUUACCGGAGCCCUCUGUUGGCCUUUGUCCAGACGUGGUUGGAUGAGUACAGCGAGGACUUCAGGGACCCUCCCCUACACCCGGCGCUUCGGUUGCUCUUGGAUCACCUGAGGAUCAGCUCUGCGGUGCAUGACAGCAUGCGCAGCCAGCCCAACUUUUGCUCACUCGCCGGGCAAGCUGAGGAGCUGCUCAGGACAUUCCAGAAAGAAGAAGUGGCAUCAAGUGGCAGUUCUGCUUCUGCAGAUCUUGAGCAAGAUGAUCUGGGGUCUGGUGACGAAGAUUCAGGCAGUGAAAACUCUCAGGAUCAAGGUGGCAUCAUGGAUUUUUCUGCUGCAGCCAUUGCUGAACAGCUCACUCGAGUGGACUCUGCUCUCUUUGCCAAAGUGGUCCCAUACCAGUGUCUGGGCUGUGUAUGGUCCCAACGAGACAAGAAGGAAAACAUGUCGCCCACCACCCGAGCCACCAUUGCACAGUUCAAUGCAGUAACCAACCAGGUCAUCGGGUCGCUGCUCUGCCGGCCUACAGAUGGCAGUCCCACUUCCUCUCCUCUAGCUCCCACCUCGCCAGCGCAAAGGGCUCGCAUCAUAGAGAAGUGGAUCAAAGUAGCGCAGGAGUGUCGUCGCUUGAAGAACUUCUCUUCUCUCAAGGCGAUCCUGUCGGCACUGCAGUCCAAUGCCGUUUACAGGCUGAGGAAGACCUGGGCGGCUGUCAGCAGAGAUAACGUGGCUGCGUUUGAUAACCUCUGUGAGACCUUCCCUGAUGAGAAUUGUGUUCUGGCCAACAGAGAGUUCCUGAUGGAGGAUGGAGGUCCCACGCCUGAUAACGUUUCUCCAAGGAUAUUGAAACGGUGUCCACUCUCCAGACAGAUGAGUACAUCGAGUGGAGCGGUUCCAUACCUCGGCACGUAUCUGACCGUCCUCACCAUGCUGGACACUGCUCUGCCAGACACUGUGGAGGGUGGACUUAUAAACUUUGAGAAGAGGAGGAGGGAAUUUGAUGUUCUGUCACAGAUCCGUCUGCUGCAGGCUUCCUGUUCCCAAUACAGCCUCGGACACCAGCCCCGCAUCGCUGCCUGGCUGCAGAGACACAAGCUGCUCACUGAUCAGGAGAGCUACGAGCUGUCGAGACACCUGGAGCCUCCUGUGGACUUGUGUUCGCCACCUCCAUGGAGCCAGCGCACACUCUCGAUGAAACUCUCCUUUCUCAAGAUGGCGAGUGACGGCACUAAGAAACCGCCGGCUGACCAGAUCAGUCUUUCGUCUUCUGGAUCCAGUGGAUCUGAGAUGGAGGAUCUGUCCUCCCCAAACCCAACCUGUUCUAUCAAGCUGCAGUCCUUUCACAGCUCUUACAACAACGUGUCCGAGUCCUUCUCUUUGUCCUCGUCCUCCUCUUCCUCGUCCUCUCCCAGCAUCUCAGCUGCUUCGUCUGCAGACUCCCCUGACUGCCAAGCAGACCUCAGCUCCGCAGCCUCACCCUGUGGGGGGGCUCGGCCGAAGCCUCAAGCGGCCUACCACAAGCGCUCGGUGUCUAUGACCUCACUGCCCGUGUACAACCGUCAGGUGGAUGACUCUUGCAUCAUCAGGGUGAGCGUGGAUCUGGGCCACAACAACGGCAACAUGUACAAAAGUAUCCUGCUGACCAGCCAGGACAAAACUGCACAGGUGAUCCAGAGGGCAUUGGAGAAACAUCACCUUGAGCACAUGACCUGGCAGGACUUCACCCUGACACAGGUCAUCUCUCAGAGCAAAGAGUUUCUCAUACCAGACAAGGCAAACGUCUUCUAUGCUAUGUCUACAACAGCCAACUUUGACUUUGUUCUGCGCCACAAGCACAAAAGCCAGAAGAAACCACUGAGAGCAACCGCUAGUCUCGGACGAUUCACAAAGUAGAAACUUUAAUGUGCAAAUUCUCUGACUGCAAAAUGAACUGAGCUCUGCUGUGCUUCUGCAUAAUGGCCUUUAUUUUUAGAGGCUUCUUGAGGAAGAUGCGUGCUCUGUUUCAGUCAUCUUUGGCUGCUGAAAGGGCUUAAAAUAGGACAAGAAGAUUCCCCACAUAGGACAUGUGAGAAGGGGAGAAAAAGACCCAUUUCUUUGCCUCCAAAAAUGUCACUUCCAAUAAAUCUCUCGACCCAAAGAGGCACAGAAUAAUGCCUUCCUCUCUUGAGCAACACAUGCUGGCUCCAGUGGCCUAUCUAUAUGUGAACACUGAGCAUUGACUGGAUAUUCCCCUGCACAGCUGAGUGCUGUUAAUAACUGGCACGUUAAAAAGGGAAUCGGGGUCAGUUGCUGCAUAAAGGCGGUGAAAUCCCAGGGCCCCGCAGCAGGCUGUCAGCUCUGAGAUGGCUCCGUGUGGGAAGUGGGCGGGGCCGUUAUCAUCAGGGAUCAGUGCGUACUCUGGGAGUUUCAGAAAUUGCUCCUCCGGUGUUGCUGUGAUACUCACUGUGUGCGACUGGCAGCUCCGACUGGAAGGAUUACAUUCUUAAGAUUGGGUAACUGAGGCAGCAGAUAUUUUUGAUGGACUGGAGGGGAUGUACAUGUGGAAACUGCUGCUGAAUGCUGGGGGGGGGGUAACUGUGAUUCUAUGAAUUGAUUAGCUUUCAGUGUUAGUGCUUUGGCUAAGUAAAGUCGGCUUGUUAAACUUCUUUUUUUGAUCUAUUUAUUUUUACAGUGUCUCCUUUGUGAUUCACUCUGACUGCACUUUCAUGUAACAUAUUUUUGACUGCUGGGUCGUCUCAGCUCAAAAUACUUUGCAUUUUGAAAGAAAAUGUUUGUACAUAAUUUAAUUUCCUCAUUUUUGAUGAAUACGGAGAAUAUUUUAACUGUAAUUAUUAUUAUUUUUUUUUUUAAAUACUUGAACAAAUUGUGUCUUUCAUUUGAAGACUGCAUUUGCCCGUUGCAUAAAUGGCCUGAUUUAUGUUUUUGUUUUCCCUCCUCCCUCAAGCCUAACGAGGAGUUCAUGUACCGUAGAUCUAAUCAUUUCAAUGAUGUCAGUUGCUGCAAAACUUGCGAUAGUGCAUGACGACCAUACAGUUAAAGAUCCAGAGAGUAUUUGCAAAGAUUAGUUGCACUAUGAGUUGACACGCAUGGCAUGUGUCAAGUUUAAGAACUUCUGUCAUCUCACUGACCUUUCCUCUUGAUCCUCUACGUUAUAUUCUGAAAACUAGUUUUUUUUUUUUUCAACUUUAACCCCCCCCCCCCCCCCCCCCCUUUUUUUUUUUUUAAUGACUAAGAACUACAGUUAAAAACGAGGGACUCUGCUUUUUAAAACCAGAAUUCAAUAUGCAAUACAGUGCUGUAUCUCAAGCUUUAUAUUAAACACUUUUGUCAGUUA